CGCGCGCGGCGCUGCUCAAGGUCUCUCUCUCAGCACCCUCGCCGGCCGGCAUCUGACACGGGUGCCAGGGGGCUCCGGGCGCCUUUCAGCAUCCCUUCCCCAGGCCGGCCGGUACUCCGCUACCCAGACGCCGCCGCUGCGGCCACCGCCCGAGGGGACCUGCGGACAGGACGCCGGCAGGAGGAGGGGUGCGCAGCGCCUGCCCAGAGCGUCUCCCCCGCGGCGCGGCCAGACCCGGGCCUCCCGGCCCCAGGUGCCCCCGCUGUCUCGCCAAGUGUAUGGGACUGAAGUUCUUGGAGAAGGAAGCCCAACUCUUGAAGGUGAACUAUGACCACUUUACUCUUGGUGUUUGUGACUCUGAGGGUCAUCGCAGCAGCCAUCUCAGUAGAAGUUUCAGAACCUGACAACUCGCUGAGUGUCAGCAUCCCCGAACCGUCCCCGCUGCGGGUCCUCCUGGGGAGCUCCCUCACCAUCCCCUGCUACUUCAUCGACCCCAUGCACCCCGUGACCACCGCCCCCUCCACCGCCCCCCUCGCCCCGAGAAUCAAGUGGAGCCGCAUUUCCAAGGAGAAGGAGGUGGUGCUGCUGGUGGCCACUGAAGGGCGGGUGCGGGUCAACAGCGCCUACCAAGACAAGGUCACGCUGCCCAACUACCCCGCCAUCCCCAGUGACGCCACCCUGGAAAUCCAGAACCUGCGCUCCAAUGACUCUGGGAUCUAUCGCUGUGAGGUGAUGCACGGCAUCGAGGACAGCCAGGCCACCCUGGAGGUUGUGGUGAAAGGCAUCGUGUUCCAUUACAGAGCCAUCUCCACGCGCUACACCCUGGACUUUGACAGGGCUCAGCGGGCCUGCCUGCAGAACAGCGCCAUCAUCGCCACGCCCGAGCAGCUGCAGGCCGCCUAUGAGGAUGGCUUCCACCAGUGCGACGCUGGCUGGCUGGCUGAUCAGACUGUCAGGUACCCCAUCCACACUCCAAGGGAAGGUUGCUAUGGAGACAAGGAUGAGUUUCCUGGUGUGAGAACCUAUGGCAUCCGUGACACCAAUGAAACCUAUGAUGUGUACUGCUUCGCGGAGGAGAUGGAGGGCGAGGUCUUCUAUGCAACAUCCCCGGAGAAGUUCACCUUUCAGGAGGCAGCCAACGAGUGCCGGCGGCUGGGCGCCCGGCUGGCCACCACGGGCCAACUCUACCUGGCCUGGCAAGGUGGCAUGGACAUGUGCAGCGCCGGCUGGCUAGCUGACCGCAGCGUGCGAUACCCCAUCUCCAAGGCCCGGCCAAACUGCGGGGGCAACCUCCUGGGAGUGAGGACCGUCUACCUGCACGCCAACCAGACGGGCUACCCUGACCCUUCAUCCCGCUACGACGCCAUCUGCUACACAGGUGAAGACUUUGUAGACAUCCCAGAAAACUUUUUCGGGGUGGGCGGCGAGGAGGACAUCACCAUCCAGACAGUGACCUGGCCUGACGUGGAGCUGCCCCUGCCCCGAAACAUCACGGAGGGUGAAGCUCGAGGCAACGUGAUCCUCACGGCGAAGCCCGACUUUGAAGUCUCUCCCACCGCCCCGGAACCUGAAGAGCCUUUCACGUUUGUCCCUGAAGUAAGGGCCACUGCAUUCCCCACAGUGGAGAACAGGACUGGAGAGGCCACCCGGCCCUGGGCCUUUCCCGGAGAGUCCACGCCCGGCCUGGAAGCCCCCACGGCCUUCACCAGCGAGGACCUCGUCGUGCAGGUGACCUUAGCCCCAGGUGCAGCCGAGGUCCCUGGGCAGCCACGACUGCCAGGGGGAGUCGUGUUCCACUACCGCCCGGGCUCCUCCCGCUACUCACUGACCUUUGAGGAGGCCAAGCAGGCCUGCCUGCGCACCGGGGCCGUCAUCGCCUCGCCCGAGCAGCUCCAGGCCGCCUAUGAAGCAGGCUACGAGCAGUGUGACGCCGGCUGGCUGCAGGACCAGACAGUCAGAUACCCCAUUGUGAGCCCGCGGACCCCCUGUGUGGGUGACAAGGACAGCAGCCCAGGGGUCAGGACCUACGGCGUGCGGCCACCAUCAGAAACCUACGAUGUCUACUGCUACGUGGACAGACUCGAGGGGGAGGUGUUCUUUGCCACACGCCUGGAGCAGUUCACCUUCCGGGAAGCCCAGGAGUUCUGUGAAUCCCAAAACGCCACCCUGGCCACCACGGGCCAGCUCUACGCUGCCUGGAGCCGCGGUCUGGACAAGUGCUACGCCGGCUGGCUGUCCGACGGCAGCCUCCGCUACCCCAUUGUCACCCCGAGGCCCGCCUGCGGCGGCGACAAACCAGGCGUGAGAACCGUCUACCUCUACCCCAACCAGACGGGCCUCCUGGAUCCGCUGUCCCGGCACCACGCCUUCUGCUUCCGAGGUGUUUCAGUGGCGCCCUCUCCAGGAGAAGAGGAGGGUAGCACACCCACAGCAGGCCCUGACGUGGAGGAUUGGAUCGUGACCCAGGUGGGGCCUGGCGUGGCUGCUGUCCCCGUCGGGGAGGAGACGACUGCAACCCCAGGCUUCACCACUGAGCCAGAAAACAAGACGGAAUGGGAACUCACCUACACCCCAGCGGGCACUUUCCCACUACCAGGGAUCCCUCCUACAUGGCCUCCCACUGGCGCAGCAACAGAAGAGCACACAGAAGGCCCUUCUGCAACGGAAGUGCCCUCAGCCUCAGAGAAGCCAUUCCCCUCAGAGGAACCAUUCCCCCCAGAGGAACCAUUCCCCUCAGAGAAACCAUUCCCCCCAGAGGAACUGUUCCCUUCAGAGAAGCCGUUCCCCUCAGAGAAGCCAUUCCCCUCAGAGAAGCCGUUCCCCUCAGAGGAACCAUUCCCCCCAGAGGAACCAUUCCCCUCAGAAAAACCAUUCCCCCCAGAGGAACUGUUCCCCUCAGAGAAGCCAUUCCCCUCAGAGGAGCCAUUCCCCUCAGAGAAGCCAUUCCCCCCAGAGGAACCAUUCCCCUCAGAGAAACCAAUCCCCUCAGAGGAGCCUUUCCCCUCAGAGAAGCCAUUCCCCUCAGAGGAGCCAUUCCCCUCAGAGGAGCCAUCCACACUUUCAGCCCCAGUGCCCAGCAGGACUGAGCUGCCAAGCUCUGGGGAGGCAUCUGGGGUGCCCGAAGUCAGUGGUGACUUCACAGGCAGUGGAGAAAUUUCAGGACACCUAGACUUCAGUGGGCAGCCCUCAGGGGAAAGUGCAAGUGGACUGCCCUCUGAAGACCUUGACUCCAGUGGGCUCACCUCUACAGUGGGCUCAGGCCUGCCUGUGGAAAGUGGACUGCCUUCAGGGGAAGAAGAGAGAAUUACAUGGACCAGUGCUCCUAAAGUUGACAGGUUGCCCUCUGGGGGUGAGGGCCCAGAAGUUUCUGCUUCUGGAGUAGAGGACAUCAGUGGACUUCCUUCUGGAGGAGAGGUUCAUCUAGAGAUCUCUGCCUCUGGAGUAGAGGACAUCAGUGGACUUCCCUCUGGAGGAGAGGUUCAUCUAGAGAUCUCUGCCUCUGGAGUAGAGGACAUCAGUGGACUUCCUUCUGGAGGAGAGGUUCAUCUAGAGAUCUCUGCCUCUGGAGUAGAGGACCUAAGUAAACUUCCUUCUGGAGAAGGUCCAGAAAUCUCUGCCUCUGGAGUAGAGGACCUCAGUGGACUUCCUUCUGGAGAAGAAGGUCAUCUAGAGAUCUCUGCCUCUGGAGUAGAAGACCUCAGUGUAAUUCCUUCUGGAGAAGGUCCAGAAGUCUCUGCUUCUGGAGUAGAGGACCUUAGUAGACUUCCUUCUGGAGAAGGUCCAGAAGUCUCUGCUUCUGGAGUAGAGGACCUCAGUGGACUUCCUUCUGGAGAAGGUCCAGAAGUCUCUGUUUCUGGAGUAGAGGACCUCAGUGGACUUCCUUCUGGAGAAGGUCCAGAAGUCUCUGUUUCUGGAGUAGAGGACCUCAGCGGACUUCCUUCUGGAGAAGGUCCAGAAGUCUCUGUUUCUGGAGUAGAGGACCUCAGCGGACUUCCUUCUGGAGAAGGUCCAGAAGUCUCUGUUUCUGGAGUAGAGGACCUCAGCGGACUUCCUUCUGGAGAAGGUCCAGAAGUCUCUGUUUCUGGAGUAGAGGACCUCAGCGGACUUCCUUCUGGAGAAGGUCCAGAAGUCUCUGCUUCUGGAGUAGAGGACCUCAGCAGACUUCCUUCUGGAGAAGGUCCAGAAGUCUCUGCUUCUGGAGUAGAGGACAUCAGCAGACUUCCUUCUGGAGAAGGUCCAGAAGUCUCUGCCUCUGGAGUAGAGGACAUCAGUAGACUUCCUUCUGGAGAAGGUCCAGAAGUCUCGGCCUCUGGAGUAGAGGACCUCAGUGUUCUUCCUUCUGGAGAAGGUCAUCUAGAGAUCUCAGCCUCUGGAGUAGAGGACCUCAGUAGACCUCCUUCUGGAGAAGGUCCAGAAGUCUCUGCUUCUGGAGUAGAGGACCUUGGUGUUCUUCCUUCUGGAGAAGGUCAUCUAGAGACCUCUGCUUCUGGAGUAGAGGACCUCAGUAGACUUCCUUCUGGAGAAGGUCAUCUAGAGAUCUCUACCUCUGGAGUAGAGGACCUCAGUAGACUUCCUUCUGGAGAAGGUCAUCUAGAGAUCUCUGCCUCUGGAGAAGAGGACCUCAGUAGAGUUCCUUCUGGAGAAGGUCCAGAAGUCUCUGCCUCUGGAGUAGAGGACCUCGGUGUUCCUCCUUCUGGAGACGGUCAUCUAGAGACCUCUACCUCUGGAGUAGAGGACCUCGGUGUUCUUCCUUCUGGAGAAGGUCAUCUAGAGACCUCUACCUCUGGAGUAGAGGACCUCAGUAGACUUCCUUCUGGAGAAGGUCAUCUAGAGACCUCUACCUCUGAAGUAGAGGACCUCAGUAGACUUCCUUCUGGAGAAGGUCAUCUAGAGACCUCUACCUCUGGAGUAGAGGACCUCAGUAGACUUCCUUCUGGAGAAGGUCCAGAAGUCUCUGCCUCUGGAGUAGAGGACCUUGGUGUUCUUCCUUCUGGAGAAGGUCAUCUAGAGAUCUCUGCCUCUGGUGUAGAGGACCUCAGUAGACUUCCUUCUAGAGGAGAGGAUCAUCUAGAGACUUCUGCUUCUGGAGUAGGGGACCUUAGUGGACUUCCUUCUGGAAGGGAAGGUCUGGAGAUCUCUGCUUCUGGAGCUGGGGAUCUUAGUGGGUUGAUUUCUGGAAAAGAAGACUUGACUGAGUCAGCUUCUGGAGACUUGGACCUUGGCAGAAUACCUUCUGUAACUCUAGGAAGUGGGCAAGCUCCAGAAGCAAGUGGUCUUCCUUCUGGAUUUAGUGGUGAGUAUUCUGGGGUGGACCUUGGAAGUGGCCCAUCAUCUGGCCUUCCUGACUUCAGUGGACUUCCAUCUGGGUUCCCAACUGUCUCCCUAGUGGAUACUACAUUGGUGGAAGUUGUCACAGCCACCACAGCAGGUGAACUAGAAGGAAGGGGAACCAUUGACAUCAGCGGUGCUGGAGAAACAUCUGGGCUGCCCUUCAGUGAGUUGGACAUUAGUGGAGGAGCAAGCGGACUCUCUUCAGGAGCUGAACUCAGUGGCCAAGCAUCCGGGUCGCUUGACAUCAGUGGGGAAACCUCUGGACUCUUUGGUGUCAGUGGACAGCCCUCAGGGUUUCCUGACAUUAGUGGGGAAACUUCCGGGAUUCUUGAGAUCAGUGGGCAGCCAUCAGGGUUUUCUGGAGAAAUAUCUGGCAUGACUGAGCUUAGUGGACUGCCCUCUGGACAACCAGAAAUCAGUGGAGAAGCUUCUGGAAUUCUUUCUGGCCUUGGUCCACCAUUUGGCAUAACUGACCUGAGUGGAGAAGCACCUGGGAUCCCUGAUCUCAGUGGGCAACCAUCGGGUUUGCCAGAGUUCAGUGGGACAACAUCUGGGAUCCCUGACCUGGUUUCCAGUGCCAUGAGUGGCAGUGGUGAAUCUUCUGGCAUUACGUUCGUGGACACCAGUUUGGUUGAAGUGACCCCAACGACAUUUAAAGAAGAAGAAGGCUUAGGAUCUGUGGAACUCAGUGGCCUCCCUUCAGGAGAGGCAGAUCUCUCAGGCACAUCUGGGCUAGUGGAUGUCAGUGGACUGUCUUCUGGAGCAAUUGACUCCAGUGGGUUUACAUCCCAGCCUCCAGAAUUCAGUGGCCUGCCAAGCGGAGUAACUGAGGUCAGUGGAGAAGCCUCCAGAGCUGAGAGUGGGAGCAGCCUGCCCUCCGGAGCAUAUGACAGCAGUGGACUUCCGUCUGGUUUCCCCACUGUCUCUUUUGUAGACAGGACUUUGGUGGAAUCUGUAACCCAGGCUCCAACUGCCCAAGAAGCAGGAGAAGGGCCUUCAGGCAUUCUGGAACUUAGUGGUGCCCCUUCUGGAGCACCAGACAUGUCUGGAGACCAUUUGGGAUCUUUGGACCAAAGUGGGCUUCAGUCUGGGCUAGUGGAGCCCAGUGGGGAGCCUGCAAGUACUCCAUAUUUUAGUGGGGACUUUUCUGGCACCACUGAUGUAAGUGGGGAAUCCUCUGCAGCCACGAGCACCAGUGGGGAGGCCUCCGGACUUCCAGAAGUUACGUUAAUCACAUCUGAGUUGGUGGAGGAUGUUACUGAACCAACCGUUUCCCAGGAACUGGGCCAGAGACCCCCCAUAACAUACACCCCCCAGCUUUUUGAAACCAGUGGUGAAGCCUCUGCAUCUGGGGAUGUGCCAAGGUUCCCUGGAUCUGGGAUAGAAGCGUCAUCAGUCCCAGAAUCCAGCGGUGAGAUGUCGGCCUAUCCCGAGGCUGAGGUGGGAGCGUCUGCUGCCCCCGAGGCAAGCGGAGGAGCUUCUGGGUCCCCUGACGUGAGUGAAACCACCUCCACCUUCCAUGAAGCUGAUCUGGAGGGAACCUCAGGCCUGGGAGCAAGCGGCAGCCCCUCAGCCUUUCCGCAAGGCCCCACGGGAGGCUUGGCCACCCCGGAAGUGAGUGGAGAGUCAACCACCACCUUUGACGUGAGCGUAGAGGCAUCAGGCUCACCUUCCACCACUCCCCUGGCUUCUGGAGACAAGACUGACACCAGCGGAGACCUGUCUGGCCACACCUCAGGGCUGGAUAUUGUCAUCAGCACCACCAUCCCAGAAUCCGAGUGGACUCAGCAAACCCAGCGCCCUGCAGAGGCGCGUCUAGAAAUCGAAUCCUCAAGCCCCGUGCACUCAGGAGAAGAGAGCCAAACAGCUGACACAGCCACCUCCCCAACUGAUGCUUCUAUCCCAACCUCUGCAGGAGGGACAGAUGAUUCAGAGGCAACCACAACAGACAUUGACGAGUGCCUCUCAAGCCCUUGUCUGAAUGGAGCCACCUGCGUGGACGCCAUCGACUCUUUCACAUGCUUAUGCCUUCCCAGCUACCAAGGGGACGUGUGUGAGAUUGACCAGAAGCUGUGCGAGGAGGGCUGGACCAAGUUCCAGGGCCACUGUUACCGCCACUUCCCUGACCGGGCAACCUGGGUGGACGCCGAGAGCCAGUGCCGGAAGCAGCAGUCACACCUCAGCAGCAUCGUCACCCCUGAGGAGCAGGAGUUUGUCAACAACAAUGCCCAGGACUACCAGUGGAUCGGCCUGAAUGACAAGACCAUCGAAGGGGACUUCCGCUGGUCAGAUGGACACUCCUUGCAAUUUGAGAACUGGCGCCCCAACCAGCCUGACAACUUCUUUGCCACUGGGGAGGACUGCGUGGUGAUGAUCUGGCAUGAGAAGGGCGAGUGGAACGAUGUCCCAUGCAAUUACCAGCUGCCCUUCACCUGUAAAAAGGGCACAGUGGCCUGCGGAGAGCCCCCCGUGGUGGAGCACGCCAGAAUCUUCGGACAGAAGAAGGACCGGUACGAGAUCAAUGCCCUGGUGCGGUACCAGUGCACCGAGGGCUUCAUCCAGCGCCAUGUGCCCACCAUCCGGUGCCAGCCCAGUGGGCACUGGGAGGAGCCUCGGAUCACCUGCACGGACCCCGCCACCUACAAGCGCAGACUACAAAAGCGGAGCUCACGGACCCUAAGGAGGAGCCGCCCCAGCACGGCCCACUGAGAGGAGCUUCCCGGACGUGCCCAGGAUGCUGAGCCCAGAAGCCUGGCCAGGCUGACACCCCAUCCAGAUGGUGUCCUCUCCUUGUCGCUUUCUGUCAUAUAAGGAAUUCCAUUAAAGAAGAAAAAAAAAAUAAACCCCACAUUGUGUAUGCACCCGCCCACCCCCCCCCAAAUCGCCAAAUCUGCAUCUAAUUUUCCCCCCAAAUGCCAAAGCAAAGCAAACGUAUGGUAACCCGUGGACUGGAGUUUAGAGACGUUCCUUCCAUCUCCCGCUGUGCCUUUCCAGGGACCAGCACAGGACAGGGGGAGAAGGGAAGGGGUUAAGUUAAAUAAAGAAGAUUAUUUUUUGUUUCCUGACUUUAUCCAAGAGCAGUGCAAUCGUUGGUUCUUUCACCUCCAGGGAGAGCUAGGGAGGAGGGAGGAGGGGCAGAGAGACCCGAGGGCUGAAGAACUCUGGAACCGCAGCUGAAUGUAUUGGAUAAGAUGGAGUUCAUCUGUGUCGGGGAGAAGCCCAGGGGAGAGGGGGAGGCUUCCAGCCCACUGAGAGAGCGAGCCAUCAAGGGAUCUUCGAAGCAUGGGGGUUGGGUUCCCUCCAAGGGUCCCUCCUCCAGAGUCCUCUCACCUGGGUCUGCCACCCGAGCAGAUGUCCAUCUCGGCAGGGCUGGGUCGGGGGGCACUUCCUUCCCGGUGGGAGUGUCACCCACCCCUCCCCCCACCUUUCCCCACCCCCGGGACCGUGCAGGCACCAGGGUUCCGUGCACCUAUUUAUAUUUUUGAAAAGUAAAGAUUAUGAUAAUUAUAAUAAUAAAGACAUUGGAAGAGA